GCAUGCCUGUAGAGUACAUGUUCAGAGAUGAUCGUGUCCCACUGGUUCCCUCCAUUCCACCUUGAUCCACAGAUAACCAUGACUGAGCCAGCCUGGAGCCUCUGGGUCAUCUGUGUUGUUGGAGCUGUGAGUCUUUCUGCACAACAGAUCAAUCCGUUGUGUGAUGCCGCUCAUUUUUGCAACUAUUCCGCAAGGGCUUUGCAUGCAAUUCCACCUGGUCUAAGAGAUAAUGUCACAGGGCUGGAUCUGGCCUCCAACAGCAUUGAGCAAAUCAGAGAAGAGGACCUGAAGUUUGCAGUCCAGCUCAGAACUCUUUUGCUCCAGUCUAAUCUAAUUCGGACAAUUGAUGAGGAUGCCUUUCGCUUCCUUGUGAAGCUGGAGCAUUUGGAUUUAUCAAGGAACAAACUGACCCACUUAUCUCCAUCUUGGUUCAGGCACCUUUCUUCCCUGCAGAAGUUAAACAUCAAAGGUAACUACUACUCAUCACUUGGGGGAACUCCACUGUUUUCUGACCUACAAAAGCUGAGAUAUCUGUACUUGGGAAAUGAUGACCACUUCUCUGCUUUAUGGACACGAGACCUGGAAGGAAUUUCAGUUCUUGAAGAACUGGAGAUUGAGGGGCGAAACAUUAAAAAACAUGAACGUGGAGCCUUACAACCAAUUAAGUUCAUAAAUCACAUUAUUUUGAAUGUUCCGUCCAUUCCCAUUUUAUACUCCAUUAUAUCUGAUGUUCGAAAUUCUGUGGUGUGCCUUGAACUGAGGAAUAUGCAAUGGCUUGACAUUCCAUCCUUUUCCUCGCUUGAUCUGGUCCCUGUGGCUGCAAAGAAAGUUGUCCUGCAAAAUAUUGAAUUUUCGGAUAAGUCUGUUGUUCACUUUGCACCCAUUCUUGCUAUGGUGAGUCAACUGCAUGAACUUGAAAUUAUAGAUUGCAGCUUACAGGGUAGUGGACUAUUCAAUGGUAUUAAGAGUUCUUCAAGUACCUUACGAAUAAUAACAAUCAGAAAUUUAGCAAAUGAUGCUUUUUAUACAUUUUCAGAUCUUGAUACUGUGAAACCUUUAGCAGGGGAUAUUACCAAACUUACAGUAGAAAAUGCAAAAGUUUAUCUGGUGCCCUGUCCGCUUGCACAGGCAUUCCAUUCAUUGCUGUAUCUUGAUCUCAGUGUGAAUUUGCUGCUGGACCCAUAUUUGAGCAUUUCGUUGUGUCCAGGUGGCUGGCCGAAACUACAAGCUUUAAAUGUUAGCCAAAAUUCUUUAAAACAGAUUGACACAGUAGCACAAAGUUCAGCUCAUAUGGUAAAUCUUUCUAGCUUGGAUAUAAGUCAAAACAGCUUUCAGGAAAUGCCGAACUCAUGUGUCUGGCCAAAAAGGCUGAAAUAUUUGAACAUCUCUGGCUGUAAAUUAAGCAAGCUCACACCCUGCAUCCCUCAAAGUCUUGAAGUGCUGGAUGUUAGCAACAAUAACCUCCAAGCUUUUAGACUGACCCUGCCCCAUCUACAGGAGCUUCAUAUAAAAAACAAUAAAUUAGCAGCCCUACCAGAUGCUGUUUUCAUCCCGAGUGCUAGAAUCCUGAAUAUUAGAGAAAACAAAGUUAUUGAAUUCUCUGAGGAACAACUUGAAAAAUUUACAGAAAUGGAGAGCUUGGAUGCACGUUACAAUGCUUUCCAAUGCUCCUGCACAUUUGUGUCCUUCAUCAAGUCCCAGCCAAGAAUCCCUAACAUCUCUGUUGGUUGGCCAGAAAACUACAUCUGUGACUCUCCAGAUCACGUAAGGGGUCAGAAAAUAGGAGCUGCUCAGUUACCACUGGCUGAGUGUCACUUGGCUUUGAUGAUGUCCUUAAUUUGCAUUCUGCUGCUGCUGAUCAUCCUGGGGGUGGCAUCUCUUUGCUACAAGUUCCAUGUCUUCUGGUAUACACAGAUGAUCUGGGCCUGGCUCCAAGCAAAACGCAAGCCCCAAAGAGCCCACAAUCAAGAAAUCGACUAUGAUGCGUUUGUUUCCUACAGCGAACAGGACUCAGAAUGGGUGGAGAACGUAAUGGUACAGGAGCUAGAGCAGGCUCACCCUCCAUUUAAGCUCUGCCUUCAUAAAAGGGAUUUUCUGCCAGGCAAAUGGAUUAUGGACAACAUUGUUGACUCCAUUGAGAAGAGUAAGAAAACCCUCUUUGUGCUGUCGGAGCACUUUGUGAAGAGCGAGUGGUGCAAGUAUGAACUUGAUUUCUCUCACUUCCGUUUUUUUGAUGAGAAAAACGACGCAGUAAUUUUGGUCCUUCUGGAGCCCAUUCCAGACAAAUCUGUCCCCAAAAGGUUUUGCAAACUGAGGAAACUAAUGAAUACAAAAACCUACCUUGAAUGGCCAAGGGAUGAAGAUCAACAACCUCUGUUUUGGUUUAAUUUGAAGACAGCAAUAAAAUCCUAUUAGGCGAGAUGUGGGAACCUGGACCAUUUCUGACUGAGCAGCAGCUGCAUGCUCCCAUCUGAUGUGGAGUAAAGAAGUGGCAGUCCAGGCCCAGAUCAACUCCCCAGAUCUCUCCACCUGUCCCUAAGACAUCCACAAAACUCUCCCUCAUUAUGCAUUUUAUGCACUUUCUCCUUGAAUCAAGGUUCAGGCAAAGUGUGCCUCUCUCCAGGGCAAGUAGCAGGAGUAGCUCUGUCAGAGUUUCUCCAUUAUUAUUAUUAUUAUUAUUAUUAUUAAAAAUAUUGCAGUAAAAGUAGUCAAACAGAGCAGUGACAUGGUUGAUUACAAGUCAGGGAAAGCUUGAGUGAAGAAAUGCAUUUUCAAGAGGUGUUUGAAGCUUGCCACAUUUUCCACCGUUCAAACCGCAUGUGGGAAUGUGUUCCAGAGCAUUGGUGCCACCACCAAGGAGCCCCGCUUAUGUGUUUUCACCAAGUGCUACACUGUUGAUCCUGGAACAACCAAUAAGGCCUGUGUCAAUGUGGUGUGUUUAAGGAAAGGGGAUCACCUUGGGGCCUUGGUCCUGAAUGGUUUAGGACUUUGAAUGCCAACGACAAAACCUUGGAUAUGACUCAGCUAACAGGCAGCCAUUGCAGUUCUUUUCAGCUAGGGGUAAUAUAAGUGAUGCUUGGUCAGAGGCAGGCAACCUCUGGCUCGUUGGCCUAAUCUGGCCCUUACUAGGGUCCAGCCUUCGAAGGUUGAGACCCCUCACCCACAAGUCCUGAUAGCAGCUGUCUCCAAGCACUGCCCCUGGGAGAAGAGGAAUCCUCAUGCUCUCUCCAAUCAGAAAUUGGAGAUAUGCUGUGGAUUCCUCUGCACCACUUGGCUCUGGCUCACAGGAGCCAGCUCACGCAAAUGCUGGCCACCUCCCUUCCUGCUUCGAUUGCACCUCUCUCGGGACUCGAUGGCCUUAUAGGCCCCUUCCAACUCUACUAUUCUAUGUGGACAGGGUGAAAAGGGACUGCUGGGCUCAGCCACCGCUUGCAGGGGCUAGCUCCUGGAUGCAGUGGUCGAGUCACUUUCUUCUCGGAUCGCGCCCCAGUUGGAACACAACCGGGGCAGUCAGGAGGCACUUGGCCACCAUUUGCAAGAGCCAAAAUGGGGGGAAAUGGGCGCUGUAGUGCCAGUGAUGUUACGAGAGAGACUUCAAGGCAGACCUUGGCCCUUGAUAUCAUCCCACCAUGCUCAGUCUGGGAGGCAAUCCAGCCCCUGGAACAAAAGAGACUGCCCCUUCUUGAGCUACAGUAGGUGCUCCACUGGUGCAUUAGCUGCUGCUUCCAAACCCAGCGUAACUGCGCCCCUCAGAGCACAUUACUGUUAGUUUAAGCAUGAGGUUAGCAGUGCAUGCAUCACCGUGGCUAAGCUGUACAUAAAAACCAAGAUGCAGGAUGAUGGAAAUGAGCAGCAGCUGAAGUGCAAGGGCAGCCUUCUCCAACCUGUGGCCCUCCAGAUGUGUUGGACUUCCUAUUAUCCUGAGCGUGAGAUAUUUCAGAACAAUCAGGAUAUCCAAGGUUUUUUGUUUAAGUGGAAUAACCAGGGGAAGGAGCAGGAGACAUGCAGGAGGUUCAUGAUGUUGCCAAAAGGAGCUGCGAACUUCCAUGAAUGGCCAGUCACGAGUGUGCCUUAUUUCGCUUGUGUGAAGAAGCUGUUGGUGCUGGUCCCCAUGUACAAUACUUUGUGGCACAUGAAUACCUUGCACUGUUUUAUGUAAUGUUAAAGCCAAUUCAAAGUAUUUGAUACUUGCUUUAGUUCUCUUCGAGCUAAAACAAGCAUCAGAAGUAAGAAUGGUGCAUUCCAUAAAAGUAGCUGCCCCAAUCCAGCUCUAGUCAUCUGCUAUUAUCCCACAAUUGAAUAAGCAUUGCAAUGCAUAAAUGUUCAGGGGCACAUUGUGUAGACUUGCUGCAGCAUGCUGAAAUCCCUUGCUGGAAUGGGUUAUCCCACUUUUGCUCAUGUUAUAUUGAACUUGUGGGAAAUAUACAUUUCUAGAAUGAUGCGUGUGGAGUGCAGCUACAGAAAACAGAAACGUUCUAGAAAGAGUCUUGACUAAAUCUUGGAUGAGGGCCAAAAAAUGAGACUCAAUCCAGAUAAGACAGAGGUCCUGUUGGUAGAUUUUAAAUCUGCCUAGCUGAGUGGUGCUCAUCCUGAUUUGGACAAGUUGCACUCCUCCUGAACAGGUUUGCAAUCUAGGGGUAUUCCUUGAUCGUCUCUGCCGUUUAGGAGGAGUGUGUGAGUAGGAGUGCCUUUGACCAUCUAUGGAUUGUGUGCCUGCUUCUAGGGUGACUAUAUGACAAGGAGGACAGAUCUCCUGUAUCUUUAACAAUUGUAUAGAAAAGGGAAUUUCAGCAGGUGUCAUUUGUAUGCAUAGAGCACCUGGUGAAAUUUCCUCUUCGUCACAAUAAAGCUCACUUGAUGUUGAUACAUGUGUAUCAGAAGAAUUGUUAUACUGUUACUUGUGUUUUUAAUUGUUUUGAUGUGUUUGCUUAUUGUAUUUUUUAAAUCAAGUUUUAUUAGUGAUUGUAAGCCACCUGGAGUGUCAUUUUUGGUAGAAAGGUGGGGUAUAAGUCAAAUCAAUCAAAACAGUUAAAGCUACAAGAGCCCUGCCCUCUUUUGCAUCUGGUCACAGAGGGCAGGGCUUCUGCAGCUUUUAGUGGAUUUGGGUUGGUAGGUUUUAUACAGCAGUAAUCCAGGUACUUUUGAUUAACCUGGUUCUGGAUUAGCACCUAUUGAUGCUAGUUCAAAUGAAAGACACAUAGGCAGUAAGGCACAAUGUAUUUGAUGAGAAUGUUUUAUUAAAACUCUAGCUGAUACGCCCGGCGUUGCUGAAGUCCAUGAAUAUUGUUUAUAACAUUUAUUUGAUAAAUAAUAAAUUUCUC